AUGAAGCUCGCCGCCGCCGCUCUCAUCCCUACCCUCGCCCUCGCCGCCACCCAGGUCAAGCGUGAAGAUACUUGGGGCGGAAGCGUCUCCCUCGGCCCGACCAAGUCGACCAUCACAAAGGCCGUCACGACCCUGAUCCCUGGCGCUGCCCCGGCCACCCAGAAUGGCGUCCUGUUCCUGUGGCCUGGAAUGAGCAACGGAACUGGCGAUCUGGUCCAGACCACCCUUGAGGACUGGGAGAGCAACGACUGGUGCGGUGCUAGCCGCGGUGAGUGGUGCGUACGCGCCAGUCUGUUCGGCAGCUUUGGUCAGUUGGAUGGCGAUGCUGGUGUCGUAAAGGGCGACGACCAGGUUCGCAUUGAGUAUGAGUUGCAGGAUGAUCAGGACACUUGGGUCCAGACCGUUACCAACGCGCAGACCGGUGAAGCUUUGUCCUCUUUCUCCUACAAGUCUGGUCCCUACAUGACCGGAUACGGCACCGGCACCGAGUGCAACGACGGAUGCACCGGCACCAUCAACCCCCAGCAGUACCUCAACACCGAGCUCACCCUCGCCUCUGCCGACACCACCUUCGGCGACACCAUCGCCAGCGCCGGCGGAGCCACUUACGAGGGCCUCAGCUCCAGCGAGGGUGGAAAGGUGUGGGCCAUCAAGACCAUCAACGUUCCCGCCAUGUCCGGUUAA